GGAAAGGAGAUCGAUAUAAGCUUUGAUGGCCACAUGCAGAAUACCGUAUGGACGGACAACGACAUAGGGUACGAGUAUCCUGCUUUCAGCCCGCUCCGUACUUUCAAUGUGCCUGGGAUAAACCGUGACAAUGUCUGCGCCUUGUGGGAGGAGCAACCACGUGUGGAGCUACUGGGCGGUCAAGCAGAGUUAGAGAGAGCUUCUUCUACGUCUGGGGAAAGGAGAGAUAGCGAAAGUGCUGAACAACUACAAGAGGAUCCAAUGCUCUUACAGCAUUCUUUCCCGUACUAUGAUACGUGGAGCUUAUACGAAACGCUGGACCAGGAUUUUUGCAGUGAGUUUGGCUAUGUUUAUGCGUUGCUUCAAUUGGGUUUGCGGCAAAGUCUCAGCAAAAUCACGCCUGUCUACGUGCUGCGCUCGCUGCAGCGAUGGUUCUUUUUCCCCUUCCUCACUCGCGCUGACUGGUAUUCCUCAGUCACGGAUAACGGAUUCAUGGCAGCUGGAGAGGUAGCGUUCUCGGCAAAAACUGGCUCUGCGCAAAUUGAGACGGACGUUGAGCAGGAACAACUGACACAUUUGAGUCAACAAGCUAGUUCUCUCGGACGAGCGGAACCGUUGCCUCCAGAUGAAGGCCGCCAGGUCGGUGACGAGCCACCAUGCACGCUCGAGCAUUUAACGGAGCGUGUCCUUUACAACGGGGGCGCGCCAGUAAAAAAUGACUACUGCCUGACUUUAAACCAAUGGAGAGACCACGAGGACGUGUUACAAGAAGCGGAGCCAGCUAAUCGUGAAGCUAAGGAGCUUGUUGUUCAGGAAAAGGUGGAGUACAUGGAUCAUAAACAUAAAGAAAAGCAACAGAAGUCCACUUUCACAGCAACACGAUCACGACGACGCAGGAAUAGCCUUCUUCCAUCAGACUACUCUCCAGCUCUGCGCUACGUGCAGGACCCUUCUCGAUUGCGGCGUAUACGUGCUCAGCUAGCCGUCAAGCUAGGCCUGGAAAAUGAGCAAGCGGCGCCUCCCAUGCUAGGUUCUGAGCGGUCUCGCUCAGUGUUGUUUUUUUACAUUAAGGCAACAAGAAAUCCACCUUCCCCAGCAUCUUGAUCCCAACAUUUUGAAGGGAAAACGGGAAUCAAGAGGAGCCCGAAGCUGGAAUACUCAUUUACAACUUAGUUCUAACUACAGUCUUGAAGUCUGGUUUUGGAUCGCCGUAAUGCAGGAACGGGAAUUUCGAGAAGUGGCAGACUCUCUGGAUGUCGAUUUUCACAUGCGAACGGAGUGGCGCUCCUUUAACAAAGAUGGCUCAACGAAUCCUGCAGAAGCACUCAAGGUUUUGGCGGAGGAGGCAGAUGUCUCAAGAGUGGCCAUGAAGCUCAAGCCUGGAACAACAGGCCUUGAGCAAGAAGCUGGGAAAAAAGAAGGUGGUAGUACGAUGAAAAUGGUUGAGAUCGCUGAUACAAUUACAAAUAGCGAAACGAUCGAAGCAAAUCCAAAUGCUGCCCCCCUUAGUCUUACAGCAACCUCUGGAGGUGGAGCAGCUCCUGAGAAAAAUAACGCAACGACGCUGGGUGAGCAGCUCACCGGCGAGGAGAGGCAUGCUUUGCUACAGCUGAUGCGCGGCAUGCAUCAAUUGUGCGAUGCUUUCCAGUUUAUGAGAGGACGAGAUUGUUUCUGUUAGAGAUUAUGACGCUACAGUCUUGUGAAGAUGAAGGAGAUCGAGAUCUAUUUAAUGUUAAUUGUUAGGAAUAGAAACAUCUACUUCAAGAUCUCCAAAAAUCGAAGAUUAUUCCUAUUGUUCCCAAGUAGAAGUAGAAACUACUUCUAAAACCAUUUUGUUCAUACCUCCUGUCUUCUGGGACAUUGCUUUUUUUCAUACACAUCCCGUACCUCCUGUCCUCUGGGACAUUGCUCGGCGCACUGCGACAUCAUUCGCUGAUUCCGUGGACGGGCGACGCUGAAGUGAGUAUGGACUACUCCUAUUUUCCGUUCGCAUUCAACGUCGCAUUGCUUCAGAGUGUCUUUCUUGCGGACGAAGAUCAUGCUCCGGAGAACAAGCUUGCACGUCUGGUCAACUUGUUGGGAGAGUGGGCAGUGCAGGAUUCGUCUUUGCGCACUGCAUUAGAUAUCUUUAGCAACCAGAAAAUGGUCCUGCAAAUGUACGCACGACGGGCUCUCUCGUUAAAAUUCUUCUACAGCGAUGCACAGAAAUUUUUUAUGCUACAACAACCUGGCUGGGUUUUCUCAUACAUCAUACAUAAUGUUACACCCUCGACCUGUACAUCAUAAUUCUCCACCCUCAUGCGCUUACAACCAUGUACAUGAUUUGUCGGAUCGACACUAUCUCUAUCAAAUCUACUUUCAGCACUUCUUGCGCUUCUAUUUUAUCAUCUAGUCUACUUUUAACACAACAUACAUCUAGAUCUGGCACUACUACUAGUUCUGAGCGCUACUAGAUCUGGCACUACUAGGUCAAGUAGAACCAGAAGAGCUGCAUUUUCUAAUCCAUCCGAUCCUGUCCCUGGAUUUUCGUAUCGUUUUCCGUAUCUGGACCUGCAUCCGAACUACUUUGACGAAACCUCUCAAGAAGUUGGGUACACCAGUUACCUCUUCGGCUACCGGUUCCCGCUGAACUGGGUCUAUCCUCGGAAAGUCGCGUACAUCGAAGGACAGCCGUUCUUUGUGUGGGCCGACAGCGAAAAAGUGAUAGCGGCACUGUAUAAAUUACGAUGAGUUGUAUUACUUCUAAUAGUUCUAUUUUUACAAGAUCAUGGAGGAGAAGUACUCAAGAACGUUCGAUUAAGGAGAUCAAGAAGAUGGUUUUACAUUCAUACUUGAUCGUCAUUCGCCUUCCUGGUUGUUCCGUUAGUUGUGAACUGUUUAAGGGGGACAACUACAACUAGGGCAGAACUGUAGUAACUAACGGGGACGAAAGCCAACAUCACAAAUUGCAAAGGCCUGCCUCUAAAUAAAGGAAAUGCCUUGCGAGAGUGCCGAGGUCAUCAUCUACAUCAUCGUGGUAUUCAGAUGGACCGAGCGAGGCAGAAAAAAGUGUAUAAUUGUACUCAGUUGCCGCAAACCGCUGUGGCUACGGUGCGUGAUAUGGGCUUCAAGAUGCUGCUAAAGCGAGAGGUAUUAGAGGACUACGCUGCUAGGGUAUGGGUCAUGGAGAAGACGAGUAACAAGAACAUACAAGGAGAUGAGACAGCAAUUGCUGGCAGUGCGCAGGCAGAAGAAGACGUUGAGGCUGACUUCUUCGCGUCGGACGAUCGCACACCGAAUGAUCGUGGCGAUCGAGGGCAGGUCUCCUCGGCUAGAGCUACAACAAGAGAGGAGAUGGAGAUGCUACAGGACAAAAACGACAAAUUCAAGCAGGCGGAUGUGCCUACCAUCUCCUUCGCUCUGGAUCGAUGUGACAGCAUGCGGUGGGAAGGAGAAAUUUUAUAUCAGCUCUGUUUCGUAGAGGUACAUCAAGAGGAGCAGUUGUACCACAAAAAGAUGAAAAAACGCGUGUGGUCAAGAACGUCAAUUCGAUCGAAACAGCCGACUGUCGUCCUACAUUUGGAGCGCCUAACUGGAGCCCAUUUACAGGUCUUGCGUGAGAAACAUUCGACUCAGAUCGGAGACAUUCUUCUCACGGUGCAGGAUAUGAUAGAGUAGAGUAAAGGUGCUGCUCAUGAUGCUUUACAGUAGCACGGACUAGAGCUGGGUGAACUUCAAGUACCUUCAGUUUUCAAUGAUUUCAUGGCUGUAGUUGUAGAGCUACAGGGCUCGUCGUUGUGCGUUUCAACCGCCUCAUCAAAAUCAAUUUCAUCAAGCAGACGAUUUGGUAUUUGUAAUCAAUGUUUCGUAACGGUUGUAACUUUCUCUUUCUCUUUCAAUUAUCUCUAUCAUGACUUCGCUUUGGCUUCCUAUAU